AUGGUCGGGGCAGUUCUUGUUCAGGAAUAUCACGUUAUGAUUUGUGAAGGGCUUGAAUACUCAUAUGUGACUACCAGACUUGCGUUAGUCCUUCUUUGUGUACCGCUCGAAACCCCUGAUACCUUAUUAUAUUUUCUGUGUGAGCCCAAUAUGGAGAUGCAGGACGAUUUUAACUAUCGACAACCGAGUACAGCUAUCGCUCGAAUUCUCUGUCUGGCAUUGAUGAGCUGUCAAUCCCAUGUCCGCAAUAAUGCCUGGCGAAAGCAGGCUAAAUCCAAACUACACACAUGGGCAACCAGCUUUACUCUUGUACGGUCACAGAUCCCCGAGAUCGAGUUACAGCAGACCCCAUCAGGUUCAGAAUACACAAGCUCUGACUACGCACCGUCGUCAUCUCCUCUGCAAUCACCCACGCCCAAGGCUCGAGCACAGCUUGAAAGUGGAUGUGCGCCUUCACAGAACACCAAACAUCGUCCAGAUUCGGACUCGGACUCGGAUUCGAGCCUGGGAGCGCCUGAACCUAGACGAAAGCGAAAUCUUAGCCAGGCCACAUCAUCCCCUCCUGUCCCAUCGUCGCGGUCGAGAGGUUUUCGUCAUAACCCUGGAGAUCAGCCCCAACAACAUACAAGGCAGUUUUGUACCCAAAGGUGCUUGCUUGGGCUUCAGCAGAAUGGGAUCCUAGAUAAGAAUUGUCCGGAUGUGGCUUUACAUACAAGAGGCCGAAGUGACAAACAUCCGAUCACGGCGCCUGAUUUUCUUCGCCAGCUCAACCAGCAAUUGGAUACAGAUAUCGAUCAACAUUGCACACCACUCAACAAGUGCGGGUCAUAUGGGGCAUCUUUCAAGAUCACAUGUGCCGCCUAUGGCUACACAGUCGUGGGGAAAGGGACUACAACGCACCUCUGGCCCCAGGUUUCUCGUGAAAUAGAGGUGUAUCGUGUUCUUCAAAGAGCCCAGGGGUCGGCGAUCCCUGUGUUCCUUGGCCCAAUCGAUCUAAAUAUGAGUUACUUCCUCCACAGAGCUGGGGUGAUGCACGGGGAUCUUCGUUUAGACAACCUGCUGUGGAAUGAGGAGCUGCAGCGUGUUCUGAUCAUCGACUUCCACCGUUUGCAAUUGAACUAUGAACUGAAGAGACGGCAGGUUCGAUCAAAGAAGAGGAAUUCAGCGGAAGCAGGGUCGGAACCCUGGAAAUCUAUUCGGAUGGCCUUUUAG